AAGAGAGAAAAAUGGAGGGGGAGGAGGUGGGGUGAAAAGCAACUUAGUACCCUCCCAACUCGGUCCGUUGUCGUGAGAGUCGUGUAUGCGAGCGCAUCUGUGUGUAUAUGUAUGGGUGGUUGUUGCCGCUGCGCCUGAUUCCAUUCCACACUUUCGCUUCUUCAACACCAUUCUCCCCUUGAGUCCUUCCCAACAGAUGCCCAAUUGAAUUCACAAUGGCCACCAACAUCACAUGGCACCCCUCACUCUCGCGCUCCGAGCGUAACCAGCUGCGCGGACAGCGUGGUUUCACCCUCUGGCUCACAGGACUCUCCGCCUCUGGCAAGUCCACCGUAGCAACCGCUCUGGAACAGCACCUUUUGCACCUGGGAGUUGCCGCCUACCGUUUGGACGGCGACAAUGUGCGCUUCGGCCUCAACAAAGAUCUUGGUUUCUCUGAGAAAGACCGCAAUGAGAACAUCCGUCGCAUUGCUGAGGUUGCCAAGCUGUUUGCCGAUUCUUCAACUGUUGCCAUUACCUCCUUCAUCUCGCCCUACCGUGCAGACCGCCAAGUAGCUCGCGAGCUGCACAGCCAGACUGGCCAGAGCAGCGACGAGGCUAUUCCAUUCAUCGAGGUCUUUGUCGAUGUGCCCCUCGAGGUCGCUGAGCAGCGUGAUCCCAAGGGUCUGUACAAGAAGGCUCGGGCGGGAGAGAUCAAGGAUUUCACCGGCAUUUCGGCCCCUUACGAGGCACCCGAGAAGCCCGAGAUUGUCAUCAGGACCGAUAAGUCGAGCGUCGAGGAAUGUGUGGCACAAAUUGCCGAGUGGCUGAUCAAAGAGGGUCUCAUUACUGCGAGUAAAACAGCCUGAUGUGGAUGGUCCUACUAUUGCCUGGACGGCCGAUUCUCAUCUUGUUUGAACUAGGAGUUACCAAUCCGCUAUAGCCCAGAGCGUUCUAACCACGGUUUAACUGCCUCUUAAAGAAUACUACGCGUUUUCAGUGCAAGGUUGCGUCUGAAGCGCGGGAGUGCAUGCGCCCGCCAUGCUGCA